UCAUCAGACAGAGACUGCGGGUGAGCGCCGCUGCCCUCUGGCUAAUCCCCGCCUCCGGAAUGGACCGCCCGGAGCCCCCCACCACGUCAUCGCUGGACGAAGAGCUGUACUCCCGGCAGCUGUAUGUCCUGGGCUCAGCGGCCAUGGUGAGGAUUCAGGGGGCCAAGGUCCUGCUGUCCGGCCUCCGGGGCCUGGGGGCUGAGGUGGCCAAGAACUUGGUGCUGAUGGGGGUGGGCAGCCUCACUCUGCAUGAUCCUCACCCCACCUGUUGGUCAGACUUGACUGCCCAGUUCUUCCUUUCAGAGAAAGACCUGGGAACAAGUCGGGCUGAGGCCUCUCGGGAGCCCGUAGCUCAGCUCAACAGAGCCACCCAGGUCUCCGUCCACCCAGGCACCCUCACUGAGGACCUGCUGCUGGAGUACCAGGUGGUGGUGCUGACAAACUCGGAGCUGGAGGAGCAGCUGAGGGUGGGUCAGUUCUGCCACCAGCAUGGGGUCUGCUUUGUGAUGGCCGACACCCGGGGCCUUGUCGGGCAGCUGUUCUGUGACUUUGGCGAGGACUUCAGGGUGCAAGAUCCUACUGAGGCAGAACCCCUGGUGGCUGCCAUCCAAAACAUCUCCCAGGGCUCUCCUGGUGUUGUCACCCUGAGAGGGACUGAUGUUCCCAUCUUCCAAGACGAGGCCUUGGUGACUUUCUCAGGCAUCAGAGGCAUGGUUGAACUCAAUGGCUGUACUCAGACCAUCCGCGUACGGGAUACCAGGACCUUGGAGAUUGGGGACACAACACAUUUUUCCUGCUACCUUCACGGUGGGAUUGUCACUGAAGUCAAGGAACCCAAGACUGUGAGCCAUGAGGCCCUGGCCACAGCCCUGCACCAGCCCCGAGUGGUGGCCCAGGAAGCCCACCGUGCCCACUGCCUGCAUCAAGUCUUCCGUGCACUGCACCAGUUCCAGACCAGCUCCGGACACCCGCCCCGGCCCUGGCAUCCUGGUGAUGCAGAGGCUGUGGGGAGACUGGCCCAGGCCCUGGGACCACUGCAGGGAACAUCGGAAGAGCCGUUGGAUGAGGCCCUCGUGCGAGCGGCUGUUCUGUGCAGCGCCGGUGACCUGAGCCCCAUGGCGGCCCUGCUGGGUGCUGUAGCUGCCCAGGAAGUGCUGAAGGCUGUCUCCCGGACGUUCAUGCCCCUGGACCAGUGGCUGUAUUUUGAUGCUCUUGACUGCCUUCCGGAAGAUGGGGUCCUCAGCCCGGAGGAGUGUGCCCCAAGAGGCUGCCGCUAUGACGGGCAGACAGCAGUAUUUGGGGCUGAUUUUCAGGAGAAGCUGAGCCACCAGCACUACCUCUUGGUGGGUGCUGGCGCCAUCGGUUGUGAACUGCUCAAGAGUUUUGCCCUCAUGGGCCUGGGCGCCAGCGGCUCCGGGAGCAUCACAGUGGCCGACAUGGACCACAUCGAACGCUCCAACCUCAGCCGCCAGUUCCUCUUCAGGCCUGAGGACAUUGGUAGUCCCAAGGCACAGGUGGCUGCAGAGGCUGCCAGCCGCCUGAAUCCAGGCUUGCACGUGACCCCAUUCACCCACCCGCUGGACCGUACCACGGAGCACAUCUAUGGGGACAGUUUCUUCUCCCGUGUGGAUGGUGUGGCGGCUGCCCUAGACAGUUUCCAGGCCAGACGCUAUGUGGCUGCCCGCUGCACCCACUAUCUGAAGCCGAUGUUGGAGGCGGGCACUCUGGGCACCAUGGGCAGCACCUCUGUGUCCGUGCCCCACGUGACGGAGGUCUACAAAGCCCCCACAGCUUCUCAGGAUGCUGGCAAUCCCGUCUGCACCGUGCGUUUCUUCCCCAGCAAUGUUGAACACACUCUGGAGUGGGCUCGGAAUGAGUUCGAGGGGCUUUUCCGACUAUCUGCUGAGGUCAUCAAUCGCCAUCAGCAAGCACCCACUUCCCUGGCGGACACCGAGGAGAUGCAGAUGCUGACUCUGCUGCAGCCAGUGCGGGGUGUCUUGAGGGAGCGUCCGCGGACCUGGCACGACUGUGUGAUGUGGGCACGUGGCCACUGGCAGCUAUGCUUCCAUGACAGCAUCAGGCAGCUCUUGAAGUGCUUUCCACCUGAGAAGGUGCUUGAGAACGGAACGCCUUUCUGGUCGGGUCCCAAACAGUGUCCCCAACCCCUGGAGUUUGAUGCCAACCAAGACAUGCACCUCCUCUAUGUGCUGGCAGCUGCCAACCUGUAUGCCCAUGUGCAUGGGCUGUGUGGCUCAAAGGACCAGACUGCGCUCAGGGAGCUGCUGAAGUUGCCAUUGCCCGGUCCCCAGCACCUGGCCCCCACCUGGCGGGCCAGUGACCCGGAGUCAGCUCAGGCUUCCACCACAUUUGACACCGAGCAGUUGAAAGAACUUCAAGAAACUCUGGAAGUCUGGAGCCUGGGCCAUGAACCCCUGAAGCCCCUGCUCUUCGAGAAGGACGAUGACAGUAAUUUCCACAUGGACUUCGUGACGGCAGCAGCGAGCCUCCGCGCUCAGAAUUACGGGAUCCCUCCAGCCAACCGUGCCCAGAGCAAGCAGAUCGUAGGAAAGAUCAUCCCAGCCAUUGCCACCACCACCGCAGCCGUGGCAGGCCUGAUGGGCCUGGAGCUAUACAAGGUGGUGGGCGGCCUGACGUCCCUUGGGGCCUUCCGCCACAGCUAUCUGCACCUGGCUGAAAACCGUCUCAACCGCUGGGUGCCGCCAGCCCCGGUCCCCCAGACGUUCCGACACCUGACAUGGACCCGCUGGGACCGCCUGAAGGUGCCUGCUGGGCAGCCUGAGGUGACUGUGAAGUCCCUCCUAGCCUCUCUCCAGGAGCGCUAUGGGCUGCAGGUGAGCAUGCUACUGUAUGGCCCGGCCAUGCUCUACUCAGUGAGAUCGUCUGCUGACUGGCAGAACCGCACAGUGACGGAGCUGGUGCAUCAGGUGACAGGCCAGGUGCCUGAGCAGCAGGUGCUGGUGCUGGAGCUGUCCUGUGAGGGUGAGGAGGAGGACACGGCUUUCCCACCCCUGCACUACGAGCGGUGACAAGGCAGCAGCCCCAAUCGAUGACUACCAAGCCCACAGCAAAAUAGCCCUGCACAGGCGUUCAAUAAAAGCUCAUGGAAGGCC